AGCAUACGCUCGGGCCAAGUCAACGGUAUCAUAUCAAACUGAAGUGUCAACGGCACAAUGGGUGAUAAGUCAGACACCGCUGACCACUUAUACGAAGUGGCGGAAGGGGUAGGCCGUUUGGAAGAUGACAAAAGUAUUAACAUGGACCUCACAGUCGCCCUCACACAUUUACUUUUAGACCGUCUGGCGACUACAACGCAACCGAGCCAACGGCCGUGUAGAACUGAAACCAGCGAUAUAGAUGUAUCGAAUAUAGGCAGUCAGAGUGCUUCAGUUGUGACUAUGAAAGACAGGAGAGGGUAUACCUUAGAAGAGGGAAACGUGCAUGGUCAAGAUAUGGAUGCGUUAGCAGAUUCCGGUGUAAGACAGGAACAGGAGUCAAAUUACAUGUUGAACGGUAGUAAACAACCAGCGAUCACCGUGAAAACCGGAUCAAGUGCUAGUCGGUCGCACAACGCAGUCGGCGAUGCGAUAAUGAUAGACAAUAAGAUGCAUUGCAUGAAUCAGCAAAUUGUCGGGAGCGAUAGGAGCAGUGAUUGCGACGAUACAUUAGAUCGCAGCACUACAGGUACAGGAGUCCAUAUUAAUGAUACGACUAGAGCAUACAAGAAAAGAAAUCUGGAUGCCAGUGACAAGGCUGAGCCGUUAGAAACCACAAGUUCUAAACAAGAUGCGCAGUAUGAAUCAGUGGAGGAACAGAAAGAUGCUGUUGGUGACAACAAAAUAUCACUAUCAUCGAUAGAAACGCUCACACAAGCGGGCUGGCCGAUAUCAGAUAGUAUACAGAAGGAUAAUGAGAUUUUCACAAUCAUAAGCAGCGACAGUACGCCCCAUAGCCAAAGCGCUAAUAUUACUGAAUUCGGCCUUGAGCAGGGACAGACACUUGGUAAGAACUUGCCGAAUGUUGACAAUAGUGCCAUUCCCGAGAAUACAUCUACUUCAAAUGUAGUGUUCGAAGAAGGAUCUUAUGAUAUGCACCCGGUUCCAAUAGAGAUAAUACUGCGCGACAGAACAAGUGUGUUAGCUGAAGAUGGUCUAUUUCUGCAGACCCUUUGGGAUGAUACGCUAGAUGCCAUUGCGCUGGACUUCGAGGCCCGGGAGGAUAUACCAGCAGUCGCUCCCAGCCCUAUAAACCCUGGCGAGCUCGUUGACAGCAAACAUGAUCAUUACGAUGCACGCGUGGCUCAAUGCGUAUCCGAUCUCCUCACAUGGUCACGUGCGUAUUCGGCCUUGUUGUCCAGCAUCUUACGAAUCACAUCGGAGGCGCAGAUAUCACACACGGAUUUAACUACAGAAAUUAGCAGUAUUGGUGAUCUCGAAGGGGACCAUAGCGAGCACACAAACAUCGCAUUGCCACAGACAAAAUCAGACACAACUGUGUCAGAUAUGUACACUUGUGAUGAGAGUAAUUCUGAUUACACACAAGAGGUCGAGACUAGCACAUCACUGUCCUCACAUGUAACAGAGAACCUUGUACAGAACUCACGGGCACGAACCCAGAGUGGACAUGCUGAACCACCACAAAGUACACGUACAUCGCUUAAUGCGAAUCAGAUGCCAGCACAAGCCCUGCCAUCUACUGGGUUGCGAUGGAAGGAACUUGCAGGCAAACUCGUCUGUGCUACAUUUAGGUCUAUUCGACAUAUGCUGCUGGAGUAUCGCUCGCUGUGUAUGCAGAUUACGAAGAGAUAUGCCGAGUGUGCGCUGAUCGAUCUACCCACCAACAUCAAUGAUUUGGAUUGGGAAACUUUGGGAGUGUUAGAUGUGUGCACAGUGACUGAUGUUCCCCAAACACACACAGCACACACAAACACACCGGCAAGUGGGAAUGCCGGUAACAUAUAUUCACAACUUCCGGAAUCCGAUGACUAUGUCAGGGAUUGCAUGAGAUCAGCGAUGCAGAUGUACGAGCUGGUGAAGUCUCACUGCGUCCGUAGAGUGGGGGUGCUGUUAGUGAACGAAUACACUAACCUACUCUCCGUGUCUGAGGAUACUAUAAACCGAGAAAGUACGGAUGAUAUACCUGCAGAUCAGAAAACAAAAGAUAGCUCGUCUCCGAAGCGUUGGGUCGAGUGGAUCGAGGGACUGACUAAGCGUAUACGCAUGGAUGUACAAACUCUAAGAGAGUAUGUCUACCGCUACAAUUCAUUUGGAGCUUAUGGUAGGAGUAUUGGGAAGGUGAACUAUAAAGAACACGAGUCGCUCGCAGAUACUAAUGACAAAGGUUUGAUAUCCUCAACACCGAUGGACCUCGCCCUGUCGCGACUGGCCGUGUCUGCUGAAGACUUGGUGUUAAGCACACGAGGAUUCUUCGCGCGUGCCUUGCACUACCAGGAGGGGGUGAGCAAAGCCACCGCACUCUGGCACAACGAGGGCUCGCAAGGAACAGUUAGGGCCAGGGAUGCUACACAUAGGCCAGAACAUACCGAGUCGGGCUUGAAUGGGUCUGUGAUACGGACAACGAGUGGAGCUGACAGUUCGCGCGCUGGCGCUUUCGACGGAGGAGUGAACUGUACCGAUACCGCAGCCGAGGAAAGCGAAGAAUCACAUCCCGUUGUAUCUGGCCAGAAUGUGCAGGCAUCUGCGACAGAAGCCGACAAAACAACUGAUGAUACACUGGCGUUGCUACAGGCGUCUAUGACUGAUGUGGAUGUGAUGUGUACGGACGUGCAUGGCCUGCUCAAAGCACUGCACAAACACAGAGAACUAUUGGAGAGAAGCGCAGCCAAUCUGAUCCCUGCCGGGUCCGUCCAGGAAAAUGAAGCGGACGAUACCGGCGAAGGGGAUACGAUGCUUUGUGAGGACGCCGCUUUUGAAAGUAAGCAAGGUCAGCUGGUCUCGCGAGGAAUGGAAGUGGGCGAGUUCGAUGUCAUUGGCGAUGACGAAUACUUGUCGGAUGAAGACGAGGAUAUGAGGGCAAUGAAGCUAAUGUCAAGGGAUGAGAGAAUACAACACAUGGCAGCUAAGAAGAAACGAGAAGCACAGGCCCGGUUGGACGCAUCAGCCCCACUACUAGUGAUGUCUGAACUGCGAAGUGUAUUAAAAGACAGAUCCAAAUAG